CGGGGCAGAACCAUCCAGGAGAGCCGGAGCCCCGUACCGCCCCCCGCCCCGGCCGACACCCCCGAGGCCAGGACAAAAGCUCCCGCCGGUCGGAAGCGGGAGCCCCCGGCACAAGCCGUGCGCUUCCUGCCUUGGGCCACGCCGGGCCCGGAGGGCGCUGCUGUGCCCCAGGCCUUGGAGAAGAACAGGGCGGGGCCUGAGGCCGAGAAGAGGCUGCGCAGAGGGCCGGAGGAGGAUGGUCCCUGGGGGGCCUGGGACCGCAGAGGGACUCGUAGCCAGGGCAGAGGUCGCAGGGCCCGGCCCACCUCGCCUGAGCUCGAGUCUUCGGACGACUCUUAUGUGUCUGCUGGAGAAGAGCCCCUGGAGGCCCCCGUUUUUGAGAUCCCCUUGCAAGAUGCGGUGGUGGCCCCAGGGGCAGAUGUGCUGCUCAAGUGUAUCAUCACCGCCAACCCCCCUCCCCAAGUGUCCUGGCAGAAGGAUGGGUUGGCGCUGCGCAGUGAUGGCCACCUUCUCAUCCGGGCUGAGGGUGAGCGGCAUACCCUGCUGCUCCGGGAGGCCCGGACAGCUGAUGCCGGGAACUACAAAGCUACCGCUACCAACGAGCUGGGCCAGGCCAGCUGUGCUGCCACGCUGGCUGUGAAACCUGGUGGGUCCACAUCCCCUUUCAGCAGCCCCAUCACCUCUGACGAGGAGUACCUGAGCCCCCCAGAGGAGUUCCCAGAGCCUGGGGAGACCUGGCCCCAACCCCCCACCAUGAAGCUCAGUCCCAGCCAGAACCGCCGCUCCUCAGACACUGGCUCCAAGGCACCCCCCACCUUCAAGGUCUCCCUUAUGGACCAGUCAGUAAGAGAAGGCCAAGAUGUUACCAUGAGCAUCCGUGUGCAGGGGGAGCCCAAGCCCGUGGUCUCCUGGCUGAGAAACCGCCAGCCUGUGCGCCCAGACCAGCGGCGCUUUGCAGAGGAGGCAGAGGGUGGGCUGUGCCGGCUGAGGAUCCUGGCGGCUGAGCGGGGUGAUGCUGGCUUCUACACUUGCAAAGCAGUUAACGAGUAUGGCGCUCGGCAGUGUGAGGCCCGCCUCGAAGUCCGAGCACACCCUGAGAGCCGGUCCCUGGCCGUGCUGGCCCCCCUGCAGGACGUGGACGUGGGGGCCGGGGAAAUGGCGCUGUUUGAGUGCCUGGUGGCGGGCCCUGCUGACGUGGAGGUGGACUGGCUGUGCCGAGGCCGCCUGCUGCAGCCUGCGCUACUCAAAUGCAAGAUGCAUUUUGAUGGCCGGAAGUGCAAGCUGCUGCUCACCUCUGUGCAUGAGGACGACAGUGGAGUCUACACCUGCAAGCUCAGCACGGCCAAAGAUGAGCUGACCUGCAGCGCCCGGCUGACUGUGCGGCCCUCACUGACACCCCUGUUCACACGGCUGCUGGAGGACGUGGAGGUGCUGGAAGGCCGCACGGCCCGCUUUGACUGCAAGAUCAGUGGCACCCCACCUCCCUCUGUGACCUGGACUCAUUUUGGCCGCGCUGUGGAGGAGAGUGAGAACUUGCAUCUGCGGCAGGAUGGGGGUCUGCACUCGCUGCACAUUGCCCACGUGGGCAGCGAGGAUGAGGGGCUCUACGCGGUCAGUGCCACCAACACCCAUGGCCAGGCCCAUUGCUCGGCCCAGCUCUACGUAGAGGAGCCUCGGACGGCUGCCACUGGCCCCAGCUCGAAGCUGGAGAAGAUGCCAUCCAUCCCGGAGGAGCCGGAGCAUGGUGAACUAGAGCGGCUGUCCAUGCCCGACUUCCUGCGGCCCCUGCAGGACCUGGAGGUGGGACUGGCCAAGGAGGCCAUGCUGGAGUGCCAGGUGACUGGUCUGCCCUACCCCACAAUCAGCUGGUUCCACAACGGUCACCGUAUCCAGAGCAGUGAUGACCGGCGCAUGAUGCAGUACAGGGAUGUCCAUCGAUUGGUGUUCCCUGCUGUGGGACCUCAGCAUGCCGGUGUCUACAAGAGCGUCAUCGCCAAUAAGCUGGGCAAAGCUGCCUGCUACGCCCACCUCUAUGUCACAGAUGUGGUUCCAGGCCCCCCAGAUGGUGCCCCGCAGGUGGUGGCUGUGACCGGGAGGAUGAUCACACUCACAUGGAACCCACCCAGGAGUUUGGACAUGGCUAUCGACCCAGACGCUCUGACCUACACAGUGCAGCACCAGGUGCUGGGCUCGGACCAGUGGACGGCGCUGGCCACGGGCCUGCGGGAUCCUGGGUGGUCAGCCAUAGGGCUGCGUAAGGGGGUCCAGCACAUUUUCCGAGUCCUCAGUGCCACCAUCAAGAGCAGCAGCAAACCGUCACCGCCCUCGGAGCCUGUGCAGCUGCUGGAGCGAGGCCCGCCCCUGGAGGAGGCGCCCGCUGUGCUGGACAAGCCAGAUAUCGUAUAUGUGGUGGAGGGACAGCCUGCCAGUGUCACCGUCACCUUCAACCAUGUGGAGGCCCAGGUCGUCUGGAGGAGCUGCCGAGGGGCCCUCCUGGAGGCUCGGGCAGGUGUGUACGAGUUGAGCCAGCCAGAUGAUGACCAGUACUGUCUUCGGAUCUGCCGGGUUAGCCGCCGGGACAUGGGGACCCUCACCUGCACUGCCCGCAACCGCCACGGCACACAGGCCUGCUCGGUCACGCUGGAACUGGCAGAGGCCCCUCGCUUUGAGUCUAUCAUGGAGGACGUGGAGGUGGGGGCUGGGGAGACCGCUCGCUUUGCUGUGGUGGUUGAGGGGAAACCGCUGCCGGACAUCAUGUGGUACAAGGAUGAGGUGCUGCUGACCGAGAGCAGCCACGUGAGCUUCGUGUACGAGGAGAACGAGUGCUCCCUGGUGGUGCUCAGCACGGGGGCCCAGGAUGGAGGCGUCUACACCUGCACUGCCCGGAACCUGGCUGGAGAGGUCUUCUGCAAAGCAGAGCUGGCUGUGCGUUCAGCUCAGACAGCUAUGGAGGUGGAAGGGGCCGGGGAAGGUGAGGAGCAGCGAGGAAAGAGACUCAGCGACUUUUAUGACAUCCACCAGGAGAUCGGCAGGGGUGCCUUCUCCUACCUGCGGCGCGUGGUGGAACGUAACUCAGGCCUGGAGUUUGCAGCCAAGUUCAUCCCCAGCCAGGCCAAGCCAAAGGCAUCAGCGUGGCGGGAGGCCCGGCUGCUGGCCCGGCUCCAGCAUGACUGUGUCCUCUACUUCCAUGAGGCCUUCGAGAGGCGUCGGGGACUGGUCAUUGUCACCGAGCUCUGCACAGAGGAGCUGCUGGAGCGAAUGGCCAGGAAACCCACCGUGUGUGAGUCUGAGAUCCGGGCCUAUAUGCUGCAGGUGCUAGAGGGAAUAUGCUACUUGCACCAGAACCAUGUGCUGCACCUGGAUGUCAAGCCUGAGAACCUGCUGGUGUGGGACGGUGCAGAGGGUGAAGAACAGGUGAGGAUCUGUGACUUCGGAAAUGCCCAGGAGCUGACUCCGGGGGAGCCCCAGUACUGCCAGUAUGGCACACCUGAGUUUGUGGCGCCCGAGAUUGUCAACCAGACCCCUGUGUCCGGAGUCACUGACAUCUGGCCCGUGGGCGUUGUUGCCUUCCUCUGUCUCACGGGAAUCUCCCCAUUCGUUGGGGAAAAUGAUCGGACGACAUUGAUGAACAUCCGAAACUACAACGUGGCCUUUGAGGAGACGACAUUCCUGAGCCUGAGCCGGGAGGCCCGGGGCUUCCUCAUCAAAGUGCUGGUGCAGGAUCGGCUGAGGCCUACCGCAGAGGAGACCCUAGAACAUCCUUGGUUCAAAACACAGGCAAAGGGCGCAGAGGUGAGCACGGAUCACCUGAAGCUAUUCCUCUCCCGGCGCAGGUGGCAGCGCUCGCAGAUCAGCUACAAGUGCCACCUGGUGCUGCGCCCCAUCCCUGAACUGCUUCGGGCACCCCCGGAGCGGGUGUGGGUGGCCGUGCCCAGAAGAACGCCACCCAGUGGGGGGCUCUCCUCCUCCUCUGACUCUGAAGAGGAGGAGCUGGAGGAGCUGCCUUCAGUGCCCCGACCACUGCAGCCCGAGUUCUCAGGCUCCCGAGUGUCCCUCACUGACAUUCCCACUGAGGACGAGGCCCUGGGCACCCCAGAGGCUGGGGCUGCCACCCCCAUGGAGUGGCAGGAGCAGGGAAGGGCCACCUCUCAGGACCAGCAUGCCCCCAGCCCUCCGGCCCUCCCCUCCCCAGGCCAGGAGCCUCCCGCCGGGUCCAGCCCCCGGCGGGGAGAGCUCCGGAGGGGCAGCUCAGCUGAGAGCGCCCUGCCCCGGGCUGGGCUGAGGGAGCCGGGCCGGGGCCUGCAAAAGGCCGCGUCUGUGGAACUGCCACAGCGCCGGAGCCCCAGCCCGGGGGCCACCCGCCUGACCCGGGGAGGCCUGGGUGAGGGUGAGUAUGCCCAGAGGCUUCAGGCCCUGCGCCAGCGGCUGCUGCGGGGAGGCCCUGAGGAUGGCAAGGUCAGCGGCCUCAGGGGGCCCCUGCUAGAGAGCCUGGGGAGCCGUGCCCGGGACCCCCGGCUGGCGCGGGCUGCCUCCAGCGAGGCAGCACCCCGCCACCAGCCUCCGCCAGAGACUCGGGGCCUGCAGAAGAGCAGUAGCUUCUCUCAGGGGGAGGCAGAGCCCCGGGGCCGGCACCGCCGUGCUGGGGCGCCCCUCGAGAUCCCUGUGGCCCGGCUUGGGGCCCGCAGACUACAGGAGUCUCCCUCCUUGUCUGCCCUCAGCGAGACUCAGCCAUCCAGCCCCGUGCAGCCCAGUGCCCUGAAACCCGGUGCCCGCAAACAGAGCGCCCCCAAGUCUUCAGAGCCUCCUGCCGCCACACCCAGUGCUGCUGCUCAGCCUUUGGCGUCCCAGCCUGCCCACGAGAAGGCCCCAGAGUCCAAGGCAGACCCAGUCCCCGCCCCCAAGCCCACACAGCCCCCCGUGGCUCUGCAAACUCCAGCGGCCCCCCUCACACCCUACGCCCAGAUCAUUCAGUCGCUGCAGCUGGCCGGCCACGCACAAGGCCCUCAGCGGCUCAGCUCCACGCUGGAGCGGCUGUCCAGCCGGUUGCAGCGCAGCGGCAGCAGCGAGGACUCGGGGGGCACGUCGGGCAGAAGCACGCCGCUGUUCGGACGGCUGCGCAGGGCCACGUCCGAGGGCGAGAGCCUGCGGCGCCUGGGCCUCCCGCACAACCAGCUGGCCGCUCAGGCGGGCGCCGCCACGCCUUCCGAGGAGUCCCUGGGCUCCGAGGCCAGCGGCACGUCCGGCGGCUCCGCUCCUGCUGAAAGCCGGAGCCGGCUGCGCUGGGGCCUCUCUCGACUGAGAAAGGACAAGGGGUCAUCACAGCCAAACCUCUCUGCCAGCGUCCAGGAGGAUUUGGGUCACCAGUAUGUGCGCAGCGAAUCAGACUUCCCCCCAGUCUUCCACAUCAAACUCAAGGACCAGGUGCUGCUGGAGGGAGAGGCAGCCACCCUGCUCUGCCUGCCGGCAGCCUGCCCUGCACCCCACAUCUCCUGGAUGAAAGACAAGCAGUCCCUGCGGUCAGAACCCUCAGUGGUCAUCGUGUCCUGCAAAGAUGGACGGCAGUUGUUGAGCAUCCCUCGGGCGGGCAAGCGGCAUGCUGGGCUCUAUGAGUGCUCAGCCACCAAUGUCCUAGGCAGCGUCACCAGCUCCUGUACCGUGGCUGUGGCCCGUGUCCCAGGGAAGCUAGCCCCUCCCGAGGUGCCCCAGACCUACCAGGACACAGCGCUGGUGCUCUGGAAGCCAGGAGACAGCCGGGCACCCUGCACGUACACACUGGAGCGGCGGGUGGAUGGGGAGUCUUCCUGGCACUCAGUGAGCUCAGGCAUCCCUGACUGUUACUACAAUGUGACCCACCUACCAAUCGGUGUGACCGUGAGGUUCCGAGUGGCCUGUGCCAACCGUGCUGGACAAGGGCCUUUCAGCAACCCUUCUGAGAAGGUCCUCGUCAGGGGCACGCAAGAUUCCUCAGCUCUGCUACCUGCUGCUCACCGAGACACCCCUGUUACCUCAGGGCCAGCCAGGGCCCCACCUCCGGACUCUCCUACCUCACUGGCCCCGUCCCCAACCACCCCUGCAGCUCCUGGUCCCACAGGCCCCCAGUCAGCUGCUCUCAGCCCCUCAUCUCCCCCCACACCCCCCACCAAGGCCUUGUCCUCACUCAAGGCUGUGGGUCCACCACCCCCAACUCCCCCACGAAAGCACAGAGGCCUGCAGGCUGCCCGGCAAGCAGAGCCCUCCCCACCCAGUGCCCAGGUCGCCCCAAGUGAGCCCAAGUCUUCCAUCCCUGACACUGGGACCCCGAUCCCAGCCUCUAUUCCUCAAGAGGUUAAACCAGCGUCUUCCUCUACUCCCCUGUAUAUGGUGACCUCCUUUGUGUCUGUACCACCAGCCCCCGAGCCCCCAGCCCCNNAGCCCCCUCCCCAGCCCACCAAGGUAACUGUUCGGACCCUCAGUUCAGCCAAGGAGAUGGUCAGCUCCCCUGGGGGUGGUCCCCGCAGCUCUCCGGGGCCAGAGGGCACCACUCUUCGACAGGGCCCCCCUCAGAAACCCUACACCUUCCUGGAGGAGAAGGCCAGGGGCCGCUUUGGUGUAGUGCGCGCGUGCCGGGAGAAUGCUACCGGGAGAACGUUUGUGGCCAAGAUUGUGCCCUAUGCAGCUGAGGGCAAGCGGCGAGUCCUGCAGGAGUAUGAAGUGCUGCGGACGCUGCACCACGAGCGGCUCAUGUCCCUGCACGAGGCCUACAUCACCCCACGUUACCUCGUGCUCAUCGCUGAGAGCUGCGGCAACCGGGAGCUCCUAUGUGGGCUCAGCGACAGGUUCCGAUAUUCAGAGGAUGACGUGGCCACCUAUGUGGUGCAGCUGCUACAAGGCCUGGACUACCUCCACGGCCAUCACGUGCUGCACCUGGACAUCAAGCCAGACAACCUGCUGCUGGCCCCUGACAACGCCCUCAAGAUCGUGGACUUCGGCAGUGCCCAGCCCUACAACCCCCAGGCCCUGCAGCCCCUUGGCCACCGCACGGGCACGCUGGAGUUCAUGGCUCCUGAGAUGGUGAAGGGAGACCCCAUCGGCUCCGCCACAGACAUCUGGGGAGUAGGUGUGCUCACUUACAUCAUGCUCAGUGGACGCUCUCCAUUCUAUGAGCCAGACCCCCAGGAAACAGAGGCUCGUAUUGUGGGGGGCCGCUUUGAUGCCUUCCAGUUGUACCCCAACACCUCCCAAAGCGCCACCCUCUUCUUGCGAAAGGUCCUCUCAGUACAUCCCUGGAGCCGGCCCUCCCUGCAGGACUGCCUGGCCCACCCGUGGCUGCAGGACGCUUACCUGAUGAAGCUGCGUCGCCAGACACUCACCUUCACCACCAGCCGGCUCAAGGAGUUCCUGGGUGAGCAGCGGCGUCGCAGGGCCGAGGCUGCCACCCGUCACAAGGUGCUGCUCCGCUCCUAUCCAGGCAGCUCCUAGUGGCUUGGACCACAGCCUGGCCCCAGGCUUCCACUCGGGGCUCCCGCUGAUGCUGCGGGACAUUCCAGGGCCCAUGCUGAGCCGGAUGGGCUCAGGGCUUCGUACACCACCAGCAGCAACAUCCGGCCGGGCUAUUACCUCAUGGACCUGAGGGGACAGAGGCCCCGGGCUUCGGCCAGUGCCACCAGGCCAGAGCCAGAGCUGGAGACUCACUGGCCAGGCUGGGUGGAGUGGGGAGCAGGAAGAAGGGCAAGAACAGAAUGGGGAAGUGAGAGAAAGGGAUGGGAGACUCUAGGAAGGUUUUG